CAACAGCAGAAACCGUUUGCAUGAUGUAGAGAACGUUGAAGCAUCAUUUGGAGGCGUGCAAUGUUUUCCCCUAACCCUUCAUGCAUCCUCCUUCAACCCUUCAUCAUUUUUAAUUUACAUUUAUAAUUUUUCAUUUCAAUUUCAAUUCUGAAAAUCUUACCAUCAUCAUGCCGCAAAUUUUUUUACAACAAUAACAAUACCAAUACCAUACCACAAACAAUUAUCAAAAUCUUAUAUUAAUCACAAUUGGUAGAGGUUGUGUUGGUUGAAUUUGAGAGAUACACAGUUGAGAUUUGAGACUUUCUUUCCCUUGUUGGAGUUCAAAAUCCAAUUUUUUUUCAAAAGGGAAAGAAAGCACUAUUUCAAGCUAAUUUGAAAGCCUUUCUUAUUUUGUUUCUUUGAUUAUUUAUUUGUUCAAAUUUCCUCUAUAUAAUUGUUUGAUAUUGGGGAAAAAUUGAAAGAAAAAAUGUGUGCGGUAUCUGGUGUAAUUUCGCGGCAAGUUCUGCCAGCUUGUGGCACCCUUUGUUUCUUCUGUCCUUCUAUGAGGGCAAGGUCAAGACAGCCUGUGAAGAGAUACAAGAAACUCAUUGCAGACAUUUUUCCACGUAACUAUCAGGAGGAAGGGCCAAAUGACAGGAAAAUAGGAAAAUUAUGUGAUUAUGCUGCCAAGAAUCCUUUACGCAUCCCAAAGAUAACCAAUGGCCCUUGAGCAAAGGUGCUACAAGGAGCUGCGAAAUGAGAAUUUCCAUUCAACAAAAAUAGUCAUGUGCAUUUACCGGAAAUUGCUGUUUUCUUGUAAAGAUCAAAUGCCAUUAUUUGCAAGUAACUUGCUAACUAUUAUUCACACUCUGCUGGAUCAAACAAGACAGGAUGGAAUGAGAAUUAUAGGAUGCCACAUUCUUUUUGAUUUUGUAAAUAAUCAGAUUGAUGGAACUUACCUGUUCAACUUGGAAGGGUUUAUCCCAAAACUUUGUCAAUUAGCUCGAGAAUCAGGGGAAGAUGAAACGAAAAGAACCGUUUGGGCAGCUGGUUUGCAAGUCCUUUCGUCGAUGGUUCAUUAUAUGGGUGAACAUUCUCAUAUGUUAGUUGAAUUCGAUAUUGUUACUGUAGUACUGGAAAAUUACAGAGGUCCUAACAGAAAUUUUGACAAUCUCAAUGAUGAGGAAAAAAAAGGUCCUGAGAAUAUGUGGGUCCAAGAAGUAUUGAAAACCGAGGGUCACCACUCUCCACUCAUAGAUUUUGAAAAGAGAAUUCCAUCAUGGAGUAAUAUUGUGAACAACAAAGGCGAAGUAAAUGCAACAAUAGACGGUGCAAAGGAUCCAUUAUUUUGGUCCAGGGUUUGCUUACAUAAUAUGUCCAACUUAUCCAAAGAGGGUACUACCAUUCGUCGCAUAAUGGAGUCUUUAUUUCGAUACUUUGACAAUGGAUGUUAUUGGUCUAUAGACCAUGGCCUUGCCUUUUAUGUUCUAAAGGAUAUGUUAUUUUCAAUUGAUGAUUUUGGCCAAAAUACACAUGUUUUACUGUCAAUAUUAAUUAAACAUCUUGAUCAUAAAUUAGUUUUUAAGCAGCCCAACAUUCAGCUUGAAAUUAUUGAGGUGAUCUUGUCACUAGCUCAAUAUACAAAGGUUCAACCUUCGGUAGCAAUAAUCAGUGCAGUAAGUGACCUAAUGAGACAUUUGCGAAAGAGCAUACAAUAUUCCCUUGAUGACUCUAAUCUAGGCACUGAAACAAUCAAUUGGAACAAAAAAUUUGGAGAAGCAGUGGACAGAUGCCUUUUACAGUUAUCAAUUAAGGUUGGAGAAGCAGGCCCAAUUCUGGAUGCUAUGGCUGUGAUGUUGGAGAAUAUCUCAACUAUUACAGUAAUAUCAAGAACCACAGUCUCUGCUGUUUAUCGAACUGCUCAAAUUGUAGCUUCUUUACCGAAUUUGACCUAUAAGAGCAAGGCAUUCCCUGAGGCACUGUUUCAUCAACUAAUCCUGAAUAUGGUCCAUCCGGAUCAUGAAACACGAGUUGGAGCUCAUCGCAUCUUUUCUGUUGUUUUAGUACCAACCUCUGUUUUUCCUCGUUCAUGCUUGUCUGUAUCUGACCCCAAAGCACAGGGUAUUCCACGAACACUCUCCAGAGCAGUCUCUGUUUUUUCUUCUUCAGCUGCCUUAUUUGAGAAGCUAAGACAGGAUAAAUGGUUUUCAAGUGACAAUACAAGUCAAAAUAAUAACGAAAACCUUGCGAGUACCGACCAACCAACUUCGGCAGAUGAAGUUACUACAAAUAAUGCUAAUAGGGAUUUGGAGGCUAUGACCCUCAGGCUGAGCAGCCAUCAGAUAAACCUCUUGCUAUCAUCAAUUUGGGCUCAGUCUCUCUCUAAUGAAAAUAUGCCUGCAAAUUAUGAAGCAAUUGCUCAUACAUACAGCCUGGUUCUGCUGUUUUCUAGAGCCAAGAGUUCUUUUCAUGAGGUCCUAGUCCGGAGUUUUCAACUUGCAUUUUCUUUGCGGGGUAUUUCUUUUAAAGAAGGGUUAUUGCCACCAUCAUGUCGUAGAUCACUAUUUACUUUGGCAACUUCAAUGAUUCUGUUUUCUUCAAAAGCAUACAAUGUUGUCUCUCUUGUCCAUAGUGCUAAGGCAGUGCUUACAGUGAGAAAGGUUGACCCCUUCCUUCAUUUGAUUGAAGAUAACAAGUUACAAGCUGUAAGCUUUGCACCUGAGAAUCUGAUCAUCAAUUAUGGAUCUAAAGAAGACGACAAUAGGGCCUUACACACAAUUUCAGAAUUAUUGACUUCUGAUCACCAAGAUCAGGAAUUCUUUGUUUCGGAAAUUGUCAAGAGCUUGGAAAAUAUGUCCAAACCUGAAUUAUCCUCUGUGAGGGAAGAUCUGCUAAAAGAAUUCUCACCAGAUGAUAUGUGCCUACUUGGAUUCCAAUUAACUAUGGAUAUGCCAGAAAAGGACGCUUCAGUUGUUUCAACUGACGAUGAUUAUAUUCCCGAUAUAUUUGAUAGUCAAAUAAAAGAAAAUCCAGAAUUGUCGAUGGAAUUCCCUAGUCUUUUGAGUGCUAAUCAACUCUUAGAAUUAGUUUCGGACACAUCUAAUCCAGCAGGGAGAAUUUCGGUAUCAAUUGCAUAUGAUAUGCCUUAUAAGGAUAUGGCUCAUAACUGUGAAGUGCUUCUGACGGGAAAACAGGACAUGUCCAAAUUGAUGACUACCCAACAUAUGCAAGAAUGCUUUAGGAACUUCCCUUUACAAAUUCAAAACAAGGACACCAAAAACAUUGACACCUCUUCAGAUGUGGAUGUGGGUUUUCAGAAGAUGACAAAUCCUUUCUUUGACGAGAAUACUGCAAUGGAUUCACCCAAACCAAAUUAUGAUCUUGUUCCACUGCUAAGUUCAACAAUUCAGAAUCGUCCUCACUUGUUUAAACUACCAGCAGCAAAUCCCUAUGAUAACUUUCUUAAAGCUGCUGGUUGUUGAUAACUAGUGUGUACAAAUCCUACUGAAGUGUGCAGUUUUAUCAAUUUGAUUUUAUCAAGAAGAAUUGUUGCUUUGCUGGUGCUCACUCAAGAUAUAUCUGGAAAUAUAUUACUGUUAUUCUGAUCAUGAUAUGUAUUGUAUGGGGUUUCUACAUUCUAAUAUUCAAUUUUUUAAGUAUUUUCUCCUUCUUAUCA